CACAUGCAGUUCUCCUUGACAGGAGGGAGUGUCCAUUCACAUCCUCUUUACAAUGGAGACACUUCACAAAGAAUCAACAUUCUGUGCCAACAGGCAGCUAUCAGACUCCCCGGGUAUGCUGCUCCUUGCUCCAGAAGAAAACUGACUGUAGGGAACAGUAGAGAAAUAGCGGAGAGAUAACAAUUUGACAUGAGUGUUUCAGGCUAGGAGAGUGAUUCCUCACAGAUUUCACAUAUGUCAUGAGACUUCUGGCAUGUGUGGCUAGCUCGCAGACAGAAAACCGUCCACCAGAGACUUUUAAUGAUAUUUUAAUUAAAAAAAAAAAGUCCUUUCUGUUUUCCCUCCUCUCUGGUAGUGUUUGGCACAGCAAUCCAUUCACUCCUUUCUCUGCAGCCUGUGCUCAAGCCGGCAUGUCGGUGGGGCGUGGCUGGCUGGGGCUGGAGAGUCCCGUGAUUUAAAAAAAAAAAAAAAGAAAGAAAACCUAUGCAAAAGCAUUUGCUUGGCAAGGAGAACUGUGUGUUAUUCUGGAGGGUUGAAUCGCAGGAGCACCUGGGCCUUGCACACACCCGGAAAGAGACAGUCCCCGUCCCAAAGAGCUCACGCGGGACACAGACACAACGUUGGAUCGUUGGCCCCAGUUCAGAGCUGGGGAGCUGAGGCCCAGAAAGAUGACAACCGCCGUUCAGAAAAGCUGAUAAGCCUGAAGAGGCGACUGAGCCUGUUAGCAAAGCCGCAGGCCGUAACGGUCCCUGCUGGGCACUGGAGAAUCGGUGAAAUCUUCCCCUUCUGCUAAUUCUGGAAGAGACGGACAGAAGGUAAAAGCCAAGAUCCAUAAACGCUUCCUCCUCGUCCUUCCAGUCGGUCACACCUCCAGGGAGAUGAUGUCAUGGCACCCUCAGUACCGGAGUUCCAAGUUCCGCCACGUGUACGGCAAGCCUGCCAGCAAGGAGAAGUGCUACGACUGCGUCCCCAUCACCUGCAGCGUGCACGACAACCACUUCUGCGCUGUCAACCCCCACUUCAUUGCUGUCGUGACAGAGUGUGCAGGGGGCGGGGCCUUCCUCGUGAUACCCAUCCGUCAGACAGGCAAGCUUGACCCUCACUACCCCAGGGUGUGCGGGCACAAAGGAAACGUCCUGGACAUCAAGUGGAGCCCUUUUGAUGACUUUGUAAUCGCUUCCUGUUCUGAAGAUGCCACUGUGAAAAUCUGGGACAUCCCCAGACAUUUACUAACAAGGAACAUCACCAGUGCGAGGAAGGAGCUUCUGGGUCAUGCUCGAAGGGUGGGACUCAUUGAAUGGCAUCCUACGGCCAGCAACAUUCUCUUCAGUACUGGUUAUGAUUAUCAGAUAAUGAUCUGGAACCUCGACACAAAGGAGCCCGUAAUUCAAAAUCCGGUGAAGACAAUCAGCUGUCAUAAGGACGUGAUCCUCUCCAUGUCAUUCAACACAGACGGCAGCCUGUUAGCCACUGCCUGCCGGGACAGGAAGAUACGGCUCAUUGACCCGCGGUCAGGAGCAGUCCUACAGGAAGCCAGCUGCAAGUCUCACAGAGUGAAUAAAGUUUUGUUUCUAGGAAACAUGAAAAAGCUGCUCUCUACUGGAACAUCCCGCUGGAAUAGCCGGCAAAUUGCACUAUGGGAGCAGGAUGAUCUUUCUCUGCCUUUAGUUGAGGAGGAUCUGGAUGGCUCCUCCGGGCUGCUGUUCCCGUUCUAUGACUCUGACACUCACAUGCUGUAUGUGGUGAGCAAGGGAGAUGGGAACAUACGAUACUAUGAGAUAAGCUCUGAGAAGCCGCAUCUGAACUACCUGAUGGAAUACCGCUCCCAUCUACCACAGAAAGGAAUCGGAAUCAUGCCAAAGAGGGGCCUUGACGUGUCGGCCUGCGAGAUCUUCCGGUUCUACAAACUGAUCCCAGGCAAAAGCCUGAUUGAGCCCGUCUCUAUGAUUGUGCCUCGCCGGUCAGAGCUGUACCAGGAAGACAUCUACCCGCUGACAGCUGGAGCCCAGCCAGCACUCUCGGCGCAGGAAUGGCUGAAUGGAAUUAAUAAAGGUCCUGUCCUGAUAUCUUUGAAACCAGGCUCUGAAAUCCUGAAUUCUAAGAAAGAACCAUCACUGCGGUCCACAGAAUCAAACUGGUACCAGCACAGGACAGAAAGAAUGGCAAUGAAGGAAAUUCAGAAGCAAAGUGGGAUCCAAGAAAAGAGAGGCCAGAAAAAAGUGGAAGAAAGAUUGCAGGAAGACAGACAAAUGCGGCUUUCAAAUGGCUUCGACUUAUUCGAGUGUCCUCCACCCAAAACCGAGAACGAGCUGCUGCAGAUGUUUUACCGCCAGCAGGAAGAAAUCCGGAGACUGCGAGAGCUGGUUAGCCAGAGGGACAUCCAAGUCAAACAGCUAGAACUGGAGAUUAAAAACAUCCGCAUGGACUCGGGCAGGUACUGAGGCGACAGGCCCACUCUGCAGCCAUGGCAUGCACUGUGCCUGCAGCAGACACCGCGCUGCCUCACGAGAAUGACUCUUUUAUGUUUUGCAUUGGGAAGAAGGAGGUGAAUGCAGUGCAGACUUCCUCUGGCUCCGUAGGACGGCAGGCGGGUGGCUGUGUGCUGCAUGGGGAUCUGCUUGGCUGCUCUACAGUUCUCUCACGGCAGGUGUUCCCAGGGUAAAGGUGCUUCUAGAGCUGCAGCCAAGUCCGAGGAGACUGAGGCUGGAGCAGUGCAGGGAAGGCUCUGCUCUGCGGCCUCCAUGUGACUCCCCUGCGCACCCCAAGGGCGCUGGAGCAGGGCUGGUCAGGCUCCGGGGCUGCAGCCUCCUUGUGACUCCCCUGCGUUCUGCAGGCCUGUGGCUUUACGCAUGGGGCCUGCUGUCAGCCUGUGCUUGGACUGCAGUGCAGUGGCCCUGCCCUCCAUGGCAGGUGGGGACGGCUGCCAGUGUCAGACAAGUGCGGUAUGGAGUGGAGCCCUCGGCGGUAGCCCCUAUCUCAGAGGAACCAUCACGACACCCAGAGGGGAACUGGCCCCUGCUGCUGCUCUUCCCCUGGCCCCCACAAAAAGAGUGUUUAGCGGGGAGGGUCAUGAGAGCAAUGAACUCCUGCUGCAGCAGAAAGCCCCCAGGGCAGGCUGGAUAGCAGCCCCUGUCCCUACAGGUACUAAUCCAGCCCAGGGGCACCGGAACACGGGGGGCCAGAGGCCAUGGCUCCCAUCACUUUUAAAAGUGGGAGGGCAUAGCCACUUUUUUCCUGUCUUAAGGGUGGUGGAGAAGAGCAAGCGGCUGGCAGGGCCUUGGGCGGAAGAGGUGGAGUGAGGGUGGGGCCCUGGGGGAAGGAGUGGGGGUGGGACCGCAGUUCAGGCACCAGCGGCCCUUCCACUUCUAGUGAGCUUCUGGUGCUCCUGCCCCUGCCCCAGGGAGAUCAGGCUGCAUGCUGGCAUGAAGGCCUGUGGGCAAAAGGGGUGAUGUCAAAGGACAGCACGCUGCACUAACAAGGGACGGGAUUAUGUCACACAGUGUUCUCCGUGCUUCCUGGAGGAGGGCAGUGCAGGGGAGCUCUGCCCAGGACAUGCCCCCAGGGCACAUAGGCAAUGAGACUGCCAGCCUCGCUGUUUUAGGCCUUAGCAAGUGGGUGCUGAAAAUCCAUGUGGCUACUGUGAGAACAUCUCUGCCCCCUGCACAAGGGCUGGGUCAGGGAGUGUCCCUGCCAUAAAGCCAGUACCAGAGAGCUGGACAGGCUCUGCCUAACGCUGCGGUCUUCUCCUUGGUGUCACCUCAAGCUCCACGACUCUAAAGCUGAGGUUAAUAUCUCCCCUGAUGUUUCCCCUCCUCUGGCUUAUUCUUAACAGCUAACUACUCUGCAUAGAGCUCUGUAGGCCUGCACUGCACUACCCUGGAUGCCACAAGCCUUCAGUGCACCGCACACGGUGUUCUAGGGUGGCCCUGCUGUACAAGGCACUGUAGGCCUGCACUGCACUAUACUGGAUGCCAUAGGUCCACACUGCACGGCACGUGGUGCUCUAAGGCUGCACAGAGCACUGCAGGCCUGCACUGCACUAUACUGGAUGUCAUAGGCCCACGCUGCACUGCACAGAGCACUGUAGGCCUGCACUGCACUAUACUGGAUGCCAUAGGUCCACACUGCACUGCACGUGGUGCUCUAAGGCUGCACAGAGCACUGCAGGCCUGCACUGCACUAUACUGGAUGCCAUAGGUCCACACUGCACGGCACGUGGUGCUCUAAGGCUGCACAGAGCACUGUAGGCCUGCACUGCACUAUACUGGAUGUCAUAGGCCCGCACUGCACUGCACAGGGCACUGUAGGGCUGCACGGCACUGUAGGGCUGCACUGCACACAGGGAGUGACAGCCCAGAGUCAUGUUAACUCUGGCACAAAUCUCUUGGGCCCAGCUGGAGACUAGGGCCCAUUGCUUGCCCCAAACAGCUUGACACUCUCCAACCUUCCCAUUAAAGAGGCUUGAAGCCCUUAUCUGUCUGUGAGGCUUCCUUCUCCUCCUUGUACAUGCAGCCCAUUGCCAAACCUGCAGCCAUCUCUGCACUAUCUCAGCUUUGUCCCAUGUCCUCUCCUGCCUAAACACCUGCAACUUCCCCUUCCCUGGCCUCCCCCAGUCCCAUCCUGUCCCCCCACCCCCCUCACCACAGGGGCACCCACAUCAUUUUCCUGACCUGACUUCCCUACCUGCCUGGAUGCCCCAUUGCUUCCAGCCACUUUUGGCUCAGCCUCUGCCUACUGCUGGGCUCUGCUGCCUCAUCUGCUCCUCUCUGUACCAUCCAAAGUGCACAUCCACCCCCUCUUCUGCCUCCUUCAAUCAUGCCUCAUUGCAGCUCCUUCCACGCUGUCCCACCCACUGUGUCUGCAACAGCUUCCCAGCCACUGCCCUGUACCCAAACACUGCACUGCAGUGUCAGGCUUCUGGCCCUGCAGGGAAGGUGUGGGUCAGUUACAGGCCUGGCCCUGACGGCUCCCACCUCUGAUGCUAUGUGAACAGAAAGCAAGGGUGUAUGCGGGAGCCGGCUUUCACCUGCACUCCGAUAAGGGGAGUCCGUCUGCUGGGGAAUGGGUGGGAACAGGGCUGCAUGCCAGGUCCAGUCUCUGAACUCAGCCAUUUCCCAAGUGACAGAAAGAAGAAUGGCUGUAUCUAAAAGGCACUGCAACAACUGCAAGAGAGAACUGAGGGCUGUGUCCUGCAAAACGCCCACGGGCCCAGAACUUGCUAGCCCUGACUCCCAGCAGAAUGCCCGGAAGAGACGUGUUUGCAGGGUUGGGCCCAAACAUGCUUAAACUCUGGUACAUAGAAGUCAAAGAAGACCUGCAAUAGCCUCUCCUUUAGCUGCGUGGCAGGGAGAGUUCACACAGCCUCAUGCAGCUCUAAAUAAGAGCCAGUGAACGUAGGUGCUUAAACCAGUCACACACUUGCUUGCUUCACUGUAAACUGGUCCCCUUUAUUGGCCAAGGGGGAAACUAUGUUCUUCUUUGUGCCCUUGUGUGUGCCCCACCACACCUGCAUACAUGCCUCUCCAGCCCUUGGUCAGAGAUUUUCCAUUGGCAGCGUCUGUCCAACCACGCGUGUGCUCUACACCAGUGCUUCUCAAGCUAGCUGAUGUGGGGGACUGGCAAUUUUUUUCCCCCCAAUGUGCAUGCAGACCGGCAGCUGAUAGGUCAUGGACCGGCACCGGUCUGCGGACCACCACUGUGAGUAGCACCGCUCUACGUAACCUUGGGGCGCCACCAUCCUGCCAACAUAUAAACAGGCAGAUGAGAAAUACUAUUUUUAUCCCAGGGACUCAGAAUAUUUGUUUUCCUGCUGCCCCUCACCCCAAUUCCCUUGUGAUGGAUGCUGUAAAAGAGUGGGGUAAGUGGUAUUACUCCAGGUUUACUCCUUAUGGUAAGAACCAGGAAAGGCUUGACCUUUUUGGAUGAAAGGCAUACUCAUCCGCAACCCUCCAAUUUUGGACUGCAAACAGCCAAUUGUGGCCAAGUAUGAUUAUACAAAUUACAACAAGUUUGCAUUCUUUAUUGAACAUCUUCCACAGAAGCACAGAGAACACUUCCAGGCCAUCAUUAAAUAGGGUCAGUUAUUAGCCAGAACCUCUCUUCAAGUGUCUUUAGAUCAGGGGUGGGCAAACUACAGCCCGUAGGCCACAUCCGGCCUGCAGGACCGUCCUGCCCAGCCCUUGAGCUCCCAGCUGGGGAGGCUAGCCCCCCGCCCCUCCACUGUCAUCCCUCCUCCCCUGCAGGUGUUGUUUGCCGCGCGGCAGCAUGGCUGGCUCCAGCUGGGCCAUGUGUCUUCCAGUCCUGCCACUCUGAGUGGCAUGGUAAGGGGGCAGGGAGCAGGGGCUUGGAUAAGGGGGAAGUCAGGGGACAGGGAGCAGAGGGUGGUUUGAUGGGGCAGAGGUUCUGGGGGGGCGGUCAGGGGACGGGAAGCAGGGGGGUUGGAUAGGCAUGGGAGUCCCAGGGGGCCUGUCAGGGGUGUGGAUAGGGGUUGGGGCAGGUGGGGUUGGUUAGGUCAGGGAUUCUGAGGGGGGCAGUCAGGGGUGGGAAGCGGGAGAUGGCAGAGGCCAGGUUGUUUGGGGAAGUACAGCCUUCCCUACCCGACCCUCCAUACAGUUUUGCAACCCCGGUGUGGCCCUUGGGCCAAAAAGUUUGCCCACCCCUACUUUAGAUGCUGCUGCUAGAUUCAUUUGCACGGUGUUUGUCACGUGCAGGGUGUCAUGACUCCAGUCAUUGGGGUUUCGGAGGGAGGUUCAGAAUAUGUUGAGGACCUCCCAUCUGACAAUCAAAAGCUCUUCUUGGGAGCUCCAGAGGAGUCCCUGCACAUGCUGGAGGACUCGAGGGCAACAUUCCGGUCUCUGGAUAUAUACACCCCUACAAACGAGAUUUAGCAGGUCUCAAGCUGCCCAGAGAUCACACCCAGCUCAGUUCUCUAGUUUUCACAGAGCCACCAAACCUACUAGAAAAAGACAAGGGUUCCAGAGGAAAGGAGCUUCUCACUCCCCUUUAGUGAGUGCCCAGUUGUCAUUAAAACAGCAUUUUUGACAGGUUUGACCUCCCUCCACUCCAGUUUGCAAGCUAGCAACCUUUUACCCACCUCUCCUCUUUUGGAGCCCACCUUCCCAUUUCAAACAGGCCUGGUGACAUGUUACAACAAAACAAGUGGGUGAGCACCAUCCACUUCACAUCCCCCCACCCUGUCCAUCUUCCGGGACCCCUCUCAUGAGACUAUACUGAGCCAUGAGGCACACUCCUGCCUUCAUUUAGGAGCAACAGAACACAUCCCAUCCCCUCACACGGGAAAGGGGUUUUACUCACAGUAUUAUCUUGUACCAAAGAAGGAUGGAAGGUGGGGGUCUGACCUCAGAUCUAAAAACAACCGAACAAAUUUGUAAAGCCUCAAAAGUUCAGGAUGGUGACUGGCAGCUAUAAUUCCCUCUCUAGAACCAGGAGAUUGGUUUUCAACCCUGGACUACAAGGACGCCUAUUUCCAUAUAGCGAUACAUCCUGCACACAAGAGAUACCUGUGUUUUCACCAUGGGACAGGUGUAUUUCCCUUUGGCUUCUCUUUGGUCCCAAGGGUGUUCUUGAAAGUUCUAGCAGUAGUGGCUGUUUACCUUCGACAAGAAGCGAUUUUAGUCUUCCUGUAUCUCAACGACUGACGCCUCAAAGGCCAAUCUUACAAACUAGUACUAACUUCCACCCAGACAGCUCACUCUUUUCCAGGAGUUGGGUCUCCAGCUAAAUGUGAAGCAGUCCAAGAUAGCACCUGAACAGAGAAUACAAUUCAUAGGGACAUAUUUACAGUCGCUGGCAGCCUUUCUUCCCAAGGACAAAUUGUUAAUUCUGUUGAAUCUGUUCAGUAUGAUUCAAGGAAACCCCUGUACUAAAGUAAGGAACUGUUUGCAGCUCCUGGGUUGUAUGGCCGCUUGCAUCUUUGUGACUGAUUACACAAGAUUAUGCUGCCUGCUGCUUUCAGGGCUGGUUCAGGAGGAACUAUUCCUCAACCAAAGACAGCUUGGACAGACAAGUCCCGUCCAGGUAAAUAACUCUCUGGACUGGUGGAAGAAUCAACUCAUUGUCUGCGCAGAUGUCCCUUUCAUCCACCCAGCUCUGACAAUAACUGUGACAAUGGAUACAUCACUGUUGUGAGGGUAUUGAGAUGUGCCCCCCCCCCCCCAACUCAGAGCAGUUGGUCAUCUCAGGAAGCCAGUCUCCUGUUGGAAGUCAGCGCUGUCAGGAAUGCCUGUCUUCCAUUCAUAUGUGUCAUCAAGGGCAGAUCCAUCAGGAUCAUGACGGAUAAUGGCAAGAUCCCCUCCCUGUGCGCCAAAGCUAUAAAAUUGUGGAACUGGUGUAUAGCCCAUCAGAUUCAGAUCUCGGUCCUCUCCCUUUCUGGAGCCGAGAAUGCCACAGCAGAUCUGCUCAGCAGGUGCUUCUCCAAGGGCUACGAAAGGGAGUUGGACUCUCAACUUUUUCACAGGACACUCCAGAGGUGGGGACUUCCCAAGGUGGACCUAUUUACCACAUUCGGCAACAAGAAGUGCUCCCUUUUCUGCUCAAGAGGAAGCUUAGGUUGCCUCUCUUUGGGACACGCUUUUCUCUUUCUCUGGUUGAAGGGCCUGUUGUACGCAUUCCUCCGACACCACUAAUUCUAAUUCUGGCAGAUGAAUAAAAUCAGACAGGACAAGGCCAGGGUUAUCCUCAUAGUAUCAGCUUGGCCUGAGGCAAGCUUGGUAUUCUUAAUCUGCUUCACCUGUGUGCGCAACUGGGAUUCAAUCUCCUCUCCCAGGAUGCAAGUUGGGUGCUUCACCCCAACCUGGGGGCGUCUGUCUCCAAGCAUGGCUCCUAGAUGGUUCACUGGGUUAGAAUCCAUCUGCUCAACAGGAAUACAUCCAGUAUUACUAAAAUAGUAGAAGGGAGUCAACUCAAAUUACAUAUCUUCAGAAAUGGAAAAAGUUCAGCCACCGAUGUCAGCAUCACCUCCUUGUGCUUGAAUCUUGGCUGCUCUCAGUCAUCUUGGGUUAUCUGUUGUAUUUUAAAAUAUUGGGUUUAUCAAUGAGUUAUAUUAAGAUUCAUCAGGCUGCUAGAUCAGCAUUUCAUUCCCACUAGAGGGGUUUUCUGUGUUUGCUCCCCCAGUUUUAUUAAGGGUUUCAGGAAACUUUACCCCCCAGGUUAAGGAUCCUACUCCAACUUGGGACCUCAACCUGGUACUUAGAUACUUUAUGGGACCUGCAUUUGAGCCUGUGGAACCCUGGUUCAUCUAUCUAUUACUCCUGGGGGGAUUCUGCGCCCGCACACAAACACACAAUUCUGCAAAUUUUAUUUGUCAAAAUAAUCUACUAUAAUCACACCAGUUUCAAUUGUUUUGGUAAAUUAUUUAAACUACCAAACAGAAAAAAAGUCACAACAAUUAAGCGUUUCCUAAACACAUGAAAGUUACAAAUACUUGGUAACUAAUACCCUGCAUUCCAGUUAUAAUCCUGGAUUUUUCAUUUAAAUUACAUUACAGAACACCAAAACAGGAAAAAAAAAUUAGACUGUCAUUUUAACUUGCUCAGACUUUCACACAUGGAAGUCAUACGGUUUUGCUAAUCAUUGUCCUGGACCUAGCUGGGUACUUUGGGAAGUGCUUGGUUCCGAUUAUCCUGACAUUUUAUUGAUUACUUGGUAAAUGUUUUAUUUGCCCUCAAGUUUUUGUUUUUUUUUUUAAAAAAGGGGUAGGUAAAAAAAAAUCUAACCCCAUUGUGCCACUUUGGCACAGGAAAAAAGGUGAGAAAGCACAUAGAUCUUCCUAGCUGAUUCCCUUACUGUCAUUUGUAAGGCUUUACAUCACUCUGGCAAUGUAGGGGCUUUAAAACUUUUACAGGUUUUUUCCCCUCCUGUGGGCAUUGACCGAGAAUGGGAGCUGUUAACUAACAAUGGAAUAAUUAACCAUGUUACAUUUCUGCCUUAGAGAAUGAGAUAAAUUAACCAACAACAGAAACAUUAACAAAAUGUGUUUUUUUUACAAAAGCUAUUUUCUUUAACUUAAAAAGAAUUUUUCAGUAACAUGAUAGUAAUAUUAACUAAGUGUUUUUUCAAUUCUCAAGAAGGUACAUUUUACUAGGUAGGCAGGCUGCUGUACUUCUGCCUUGGGGACAGAGCCUUCCUCCUGUGUAAAAAAAAGACCUGCCCUCCUCCAUGCCCCUUGGGCUGCAGUAUCCAGAGAGAGAGGGACAGAGUUUCUCUUGCUUGUUGGCCAACCCCACCCCUUGAGGUUAUCAUCUCCCUGCAGGCAUGCACACCCAGCCCCCAUCCCCUGCAGUGAUUUGCGUUUCUGAAGCUGCUCCAGGCAUGCAGGAACAGCCGUGCUGCCGGGGAAGAGACGCGUGUCCCCCUGAAGAUUUUUUGCGUUUUUCUGCGUGGGGGGCAUAGAAAUGUGGGCCAUAUAAACUCUGCGCCCCAACAUGGGCGCAGAGUUCUGCCAGGAGUAAUCUAGGAAGAUGGCCUUUCUAAUACCUACCAUGUCAGCCUGCAGGGUGUGAGAGAUUGGAGCCUUAACGGUAUUUUUCAGGGACAAGAUCUCCUUAUGGUCACAUCCAAAGUUCUCACCUACGUGCUGUCAGAUUUUCAUCUUAAACAAGUAUAUUCAUCUACAAAUAUAUUUUCCUAAACCCCAGAGGCCACAUGAGACCUCCUUUCAUACCUUAGAUGUACGUUGGUCAUUUGCCUUUUACCUGCAUAGGACCAAGCAGUUUCGGAAAUCACCUAGAAUGUCUCCAUCACAGAAGGAUCUAGGGGGUCCAUGAUUUCUUCACAGAGACUGUCGAGAGGGAUCUUUGGGAAUCUUGUUGCUUACCAUGAUCCAGCUGGUACUUUGGCUCCCCGGAGGGCAAUAGCACACUCUGCCAGAUCACAGACAACUUCCAGCGUGUUACUCAAAAACAUGCCAGUAUCCAGGCAGAGCUGCUACACAGACAUCAGUGCAUACCUUUACUGAACACUGCACCUUGGUCCAUGCCACCAGCUGGGAUGUGGCACUUGGACUGGAUUCCAAAGCUCCCUGUGAGGAUAUUGCUCAGAAAUCACCUGAAGUGGGGCACCUAAAGGGCCGUUAUCUGCAAUAACUGUGGUUUUUUGAGAUGUGUCCUCCUAUGGGUGCUCCACUACUUGUCUGCUUUGGGCUGUUCUUCGUUGGACAGUGGGAUAGAGAAGGAACCAAGGAUGAUUUGCCCACACAACCCUCAGAGCGUGCCACAAGGUUGUAUAGAGCGCAUGCGUGGGCAGAACAAACAGUGCUACCAGAAAACCUCAAAUCAAGGGCUCAAGUGGUUCAUGUGCCCCUGAAAUGAGCACCCAUACGGGCACCCAUCUUGAAGAACCACAGUUAACGUCACAAGGUGAGUAACCCUUUCUUCAUAGGCCACACACUGCUUUAUACUUGGCUUUCCUCAUCGGCCUCGCCACGCUGUGGUGCAAAAGAAACACUAGUUAUGCUGGCGGUUGUUUUGUAUGGAGACCUCACCUCUCUGCAUGGUUCAGCAUCAUCGUUCAUUGCAGGGGUGGCUGCAGGGCUGGACACAUGCACCCAAAUCAUCGUUUCCAAAGGUUAGGCAAAUUAGAGUCGGGCAUUUUUUUUUUUUUAAAAAACCAGAAAUGUGAUACUGUGUGCAGCUCUGAAAAGGAACAUUUCAACAACAGGUUUUCAUGGAAACUUCCAGGCAUCCUUUGUGUGAUAAAUCAUUUUCCAACCAGCUCUGAUAAAAACUAGACACAUCAGAGACAACCUUAUUGAUAAAUGCAGUAUCAUGUCUUUUCAUGCCAGGACAAGGUAUAUUUUCUUUAUUUUUAGUUUUGUUUCACAUUCAGAAUAAAUUUGUCAGGUAAAACAGGAAAAUCAUCUUUACAAGGCAUUUUUGAGUCUUCUUACAGAUUGUGUUUUUGUUUAUGCAUAUGACCAGAUUGCCUUGAAAUUGAUCAGGAAUCAUGGUUUUUAACCAAUCAUCAAUAGACUUGUUGAUCUCAAUGUUUACUUGAAAAGAUAAUCGUUGUGUUUAUUGUUUACUGUCCACCUUUCAGAGAACAAAAAAAAAAAAAAAAAUCUAAUCAGCACUUGAAUAUGAUCUUUUAAAUAAUACCUCUGUGUCAAUGUAGACAUUGAAAUACAAUUCAUUCUGGAGCUGAAAUUAGUCAUAAAUCUUUUACAGAAAGAAAAGUAACGGCAGCCAUUGGUUUAUGCUUGAUUAACCUGUGCCUAAAUGUGUGUGUGAAUGAUGAUUGACAUUGUUUCUUAAAUUCCUUGUAUCUUUGUAAAAAGUAGAAAAAAAAAAGGGAACACACAAAAGGAAAAUGGAAUUGUGCAAUGUGUAAAGCAAAUAUAACUAAAGAACAAAGAGCUGGCUAGAAUUUUACUUUUUAAUAUAUUAAGGGUUUGUUUUGCUAAUGGUUAAUUUACUUAAAGAACAAUUCAACACCAAGGACUACCUGAGCAGGCUCGGCAAUGUGUUUCUCUGACUGUUCCCUUUGCUCAUGUGGAUGGGUGGCCUUAUGUUAGUUGGCAGGUACAGUACAUUAUUGUAAACCCACGUAUAUCUUCUUAUGAACCUUCCCACCUGGGCACCCAGGUAGGGUACUCAUCUCAGUGCCCUUUAUACUGUAUUAUAUUGGUGUGUUUAGCCAAUUUCUAAUAAAACUAAUAUUUAAACAUUGAAA